AUGUCUGUGAAUGUGUUGUUCUUGGCAUUAGCCAUUUUCGUUGAAAUUUCAGGUGGUAAUUUAACAGACCAUAAGGGCACUACUGGUAAGUUGUAACUUUAAUCAUUGGCGAAACGUUCCCUAUAAUAUUACAACCGGUCUUUCAGAUUUUUCAUGGUGCUCAUUACUGUGGUCAAAGUACUCAAUAUUGAAGUUAAAGUGUUUGCUCUUAUUGUUAAGAGGAUAUACUUAAUUUCUGAAGAGCCUUGAUCCCAUCUAAUUGGCUGCGAGAUGAGUCUGUUGGAAGCGUCCAUUCAAGCGUCAUAUAUCUGACAACGUCAGCCUCUUCCUCUUAUUUUGCACUUUCAAGAUUUCAAGUUUUUUCACAGAAUAUAAUGUAUCUAUAAAACAUGUUUGCAAUUGAGUUCUUAUGUUGUUGUUGUUUAAGUUAUUGUCGUAGACUUGAUAGUAUUGACAGCGCAUAGUUAUCAGAGCAAAUCUAAGUCUAGCCGUUUGCCUUGCAAAGAAAUUACAGGCUUAACCCUAUCCUGAUUGGGGAGAGCUCUUGGAGCUCCAGACGCUAAAAAAGUUGAAUAACUUCAAAACCGUUCAAGCCUGGCGACGUUUCCUAAAAAAAUAACCUCUGACAGUUUUGAAAAAAGCCCCCAACCGCACGCAGGAUUAAAUAAAAGCCCGAACUGAGUAGGUUUGAUUAAUUUCUCUGACGCAAUCAAAAGCUAAUCAUACUGCGUUUAAAUGUAAUAGUUUAUUCGCUUCUUUCAGGGAUAUCGUCAUUUCCUAAGGGAGUUCGAUGGGUGAUAGAAAAGUUACGUCCACUGAAAAGUUCGUUAACGCAAAAUGGCCUUCCAAAAAGUAUUGUAGAGACGAGCAGACAAGCAUUUGCAGCUGCCGAACACAUUAUCCAUAAUCAUUUACUAGGUAAAAAGACUAAUAAUUUACGAGGCGGGGACCUUCUCAAGAAGAUUGCAUCAAGAAUCAAAGAGGAAGAAGAUGCCUCAGUUCAGUCAUCUCGUAAGUUGAGGUCUUCGGUUGAAUUAUGUUCAGUUACUGCAUGCAGGAGCCCAUCCCGGAGCGUGCAACUCCCAUACUAGGCCUAUGUCACCCCGUUUUUAGACACAUUUUAGAGCAUUCCCGCGAAAAUGGAAUCUCCGCCACGUCUUAUGAAUGCAUUCGAAGUAUAAGAUAUCAAAAGGAAAACGUGACGCCAUUAAAGGCAAAAAAUAUCAUUUUUAGGUCUGUAGGCUUUGCUGACUGGUUUGUGGGACUUAAGAGAUAUUCUAAAUUCGCGCCAAAACCGUUCUAAAAAUAAACUUGUCCAGGUUAUGGGCUCCUGUCAGUGAACACCAAACUUUCACUGUAAUAAUCUGCUCAUGUUUUCCUUCAGCAGCGGAACUGAAAUGAUAUUAUAGUUCUAAUGAGACCAUGAACUGCCGUGUUUUAAAAUAAAAGUGGAUUCCGAGCUUUAGGACUACAGUCGAACCUCUACCCGACAACGACCACACUGGGGACGCGAGAAACUGGCUGUUUGUGGAGAGGUGGCCGUUUUGGGGAGUUAGGGGUGUAAUAUGGCAAUUGUUUUUUUAAGGCUGUACAAUACGUUUUUUCUGCUCAUUUCCUGCUUUCUGUAUCCCAUAAUACUAAUUCAAUCAUACAUGGGCAGAGAAAACAUGAAAAAGAAGUUGAAUACUGUUUUGAAUCAAAAACAAAACGCGCUAGAUUUUCAACAUUCGUCAUACGUAUCGUAGACAAUUUGUGCGUACAGCAGCAGUAUAAAUGGAACACAAUCAAAAUACGAUUGCCGCGAUCAAUCUUCAACGUGCCAUACGGAUCAAAUUUCGCGACCAUUCUUGACUAUUUCAUUAGUCGGCUGAAAAAAGUAACCUUUGUCGAGUGGUCAUUUGGCGGAUGGGGACACGUUUUAGUGGCCGUUGCGGUAUUUGAUAUGUGGCCGUAAUUGAGAGGGUUAACCAAGAGUCAAUUUAUGGACUGUACGUUGGCCGUAAAGUUGCCAUAAGAAGUUGUAGAGAGGUCGCCGUUGUGGAGAGGUGCUGGCAGUUGGUGGAGGUUCGACUGUAUAAUUUUAUUCCCUUUGAUAUCUAACUUAAUUAACACAUAUGCUAUCAGUAAUUAUCAAUAUUCCUUCGGCAACGUAUUUCCUCAAAUAUGCGCCGCCUCCAGUCCUUUCUUCGCAAGAGAGGAGGAAAAGCCCCUUGGUCUUCUUGCGCUAAAAUAGUUUUUGCUGGUAGAGACUUAUGCUGGGAACAGUUUUCUUACCGUUAAGUUAAUUGUUGUCAUCUCUUGACCUCUUUAAAAUAUUUUUCUUUCUAUUUGGCGAUAAACUUAAGCUAAAUCGACGAUAAUUAUUUGCCGAAAUAAUAAAAAAAAGACUGGUUUAUUUAUUAAUAUCACCAGUCAGAACAUCUUGUAACUUUCAAUUUGAGUAUUGUCGCUUUCUCUAUUUAAUUCAGUAUGUAGUUGAAUCAGUGACCUCGUUUUUCUAAUGGACGGCUGCGGUAGAACACUAUUUCAUACGAGCAUAAAGUUCAACUAUAACACUCAAGUAGGUUUCAUCAUUUAUUCCAAGAAGUCAAAGCUACUAUAUAUUUGAGUUAAACUACCUCUAGACUGUUCACAGUCCCCUAUUUUUCAGUGAGAUCGUCGAGUUUCAGCGCGUCUUAGGGUUAAUGCCAGUCAUCUUGAUUUUCAAAUGCGACCGAGGGUGCGGGUUUCGGAAACCGUCCCCCGCCCCCUAAGUGGAUUUGACACUCAUUUAAGAUGGCUGCCCGUAACGCAAAGUCUUCGAUCUCGACGGUCUUACGCAAAAAAUAGGGGACCGUGAACGGUCUACACCACCUCACAGAACCGUCCUCCUUAUUCUGUGUGGUAGACAAUAUACGUAACUUGCCAAAGCAAAUAGGAAGGAUCACCAUCUAAUAAGAACAUCAUCACACCAUUACGACGUUUACGGAACGCUGCUGUCAGAAUUUUUGGAGUGGGAAUCGGUACCGAAGUAGAUCGAUCGCAGUUACAAGCCAUGUCAAUCCAGCCAGCUAGGGAUUGCGUAUUCCAAGGGUUCGACCAAUUACCAAAUGGCUUCAUUGUCACCUUAAGGCAUAAUUUAUGCAAAGGUGACUCCCUUACAAUUUUUCUAAUAAAUGUUAUUUCAUUCACGAUUAACCACACUGUAUGGUCGAGGUGGUGUGCAGGUAUUUCCUCACUUGAGAGCAGGAUAUAACCCUCUAGCCUGGUCCCAUGAGAAACGCAACGUUUAUAUUGUUACUGGAUGUCGACAGUCAUUUUACUGUACUCCACUCCAUUCAACUCGACUUUACAAGACACUUCCUAAAUUCUUAGUUCUGCACAACAGUUUGAAAAAAUACAUCAUGUAAGCCAGAUAAGUUUUUAUUUUGUUCUGAGAAGCGCUGAAUGGUGGCAAUAGAAACUAACUUUAGAUUUCUACGACUGUUAUCUAUAGUUUAAUCUGGCAUUUAAAAACCUCUAGCAACAAGCUGAACUGCCCGGGGGGGGUACUCGCAGAAAAAUUGGGUAGGGGUGUGCGGCCCGCUUCCCAAAACCCUUACCCUAUUUAUGACCAAAAUCUGCGAUUUUCCCUACCCUAUUUAUGACCAAACCAAAAAUUUGAUACCCUAUUUAUGACCUGACCCUUAAAUCAAUACCCUUUUUCAGACCUGCCUUAUAAUUAUUUCCCUAGUUCAGACCAAUGUUAAAGGCAAUGUUUAUCUGCUUUUAUUAGGUUAGGGGGACAUGAUAAGGAAGUAGCUUCUUCUAAAAAAGUGCAUUCAAGACUACAGUGUAAAAAUCGUUACCCUAUUUAUGACCAAAAUGGCGGCAAAAUAGCCAAAAUCGAUACCCAAUUUAUGACCAAAACGGCUGAAAAACCCUACCCUUUGGGGCCGCACAUACCUAUAUAGCCCAUAUUAGGGAGUACCCCCCCCGGGCUGAACUGUAGACAGAUUAUAGAAGGACACUACUUACUUAGUAUUUUUGUAUUUUAGAAAAAGCUGGCGUUGUUAAGGAAGGCAUUAUUCAAAGAUACCAAGGUAUGAUAGCGAAAAAGUAGCGAGAAGGUACUAAGAUCAAGUUAAGAUGUAAGAAAUUUAUGUGGUAAUGAUGGGAAACGCACUGCUCCACACGUGUUCAGAAGUAACUUUUAACAAGACCCAUCUUUUAAUGACCCUAUUAACAAACGAAUUAACUAGAAAUACGAGACAAGCCGUGACAAGUGAAUGGGUGUUCAUCCUGGAAUAUCCUUCAGGAAGGACACCUACUCAUUUUGUUCAUGUUCUCAGUUUAGUUUCCUGUUUAAUGCGUAUUGCAGAGCAUGUUCUGGAUCUUUUCAUCCUCUAAAUGGAAAAAAAUCGGUGGGGAUAUGGCCAAAUGAACUAUGGGUUUGACUCAUCAAGUCUCACAUAUGUUUAGGGGAAAAAAUAUUUACAGGUUAAAAGAAACAUACAUGAAUGUUAAGAGUCUCUUACUGUAGCCAAGGAAUCUUGAAUUAAAUUUAAUUCUUUUAUUAGAUCAUGUGUGUAAAUCAAAGUAGUCAGAAAAGAAACAACCAAGCAAAUUAACAAGCAAAAAACAUAGCAAAACAAUAAAAACAAAAUAAAAGAACAAGAACAAGAACAAGAUCAAGAACAGGGACUAAUAAAAUAUCUUUUAACGAUAUUUUUGAGGUGGACAUGGACUGCUCAUGGUCCAUUUCACGCGAAUGUCCAUGUCACUAAUUAGCUUGUUUUAUAACUAGAUUUCUCUAUAGACGACAAUUUCUUUCAAUUAGAUCUUUGUUUUACUGCAAGUAAUACUAGAUUUUUCUCGUAAUUUUAUCACAUUCUUAUACAUUCCUUUGCGUGGGCACCCCGCACGGAUCUAAGAGUCCUGAUAUGGGCUGAUCUUUGCCCCCUAAGUAUAUAAAUCAGUUAAAAUUUUAAUUAACCGACCAUUUUUGAUACUAUUAACAGUGCAUGUUCGUUGGUGAGAUUGAGGGAAAAAAGGCAGGGCAAGCUUCGUUCAAAAGUGGAUUUUAUUAGUUGAUUGCUAUAAAUUCAGUAUAGCUUUUUACUGACAGAACUUUAUCUUUCUUGCAGGCCCAGCAAAUGUUGUUUUUCUACUAGAUGGUUCAGGUGACAUAGGAUUUAAGGAAAUCCAGUUUUACAAACUUUUUGUUAAAGAGGUGUAUAAUAACAUUCACAUACCACCAGGAGGGGUCAAAUUCGGACUGCUUGAGUGCGGAACAAAACAUUUUUCUCAAGAAAACGUCUUAGUCAGGUCAAUUAAGAGCUCGAAAAUGUUGGAUAUUACGCUAAACGAUCUGGUCCCAAUGAAUGGUUAUUGCGAACUUGGGAAAUCUAUGGAAAUGAUUAAUACGAACAUUUUCAAAAGACUUCCAAUAGAUACCCCAAAAGCACUGAUCGUAGUUUUAGCGGGAAAAUCACUUGAUAAAGCAACAAGUGUGGCGAAAGAAGUGAAGGAAGGAGGUUCGAGAAUAGUGGCCCUUGGUACAGGAGAACAAGCUGACAUGAAACAGCUGUCUGCCAUAGCUGAUUCACCACUUUAUGCUUUCAAGGUUCCUUUGUUUAAAUAUUUGCCUUCGAUGUCUUCAACAGUGGUUGGAUUUAUCAACAAGGGUAAGCAAUAUAUUUAAAGUAGGACUUUCUUCUGGAAAAAUCGAAGCGCAUUGCCAAAAUUUACGCUUAUCUCUCACAAAAGCGAAGUAAACAAUAUAUCACAAAGUAGUUAGCUGCACCUGAUGUGUCAGCUUUGUAAUAGAUAUUUAAUUUAUAACGAGGUACGUUCUAAAAAUAAACAAUCCCAGCGUUAGCCUUGCUCAGUGUAAACCGACUGAAGUGUCAAGAGAUUGAGACAAUUGAAUGUAUUCAGCGACAAAUGAUUUGGAUAAAUCUGACCACGGUUGUGGCAGAUUUAAAUUGAGUCAAUUUAUAACUCAUUUGGAUAAGAACAAACCGAAAAAUCUAAACAGAUUGACAUAUAUUGCAAAACGUGGGGCGAUAAAAUACUCCCCUUAAAAAAAUAACGUUUUACCACAUGAAGAAGUCAAAAGUGAGGACGAGAACCCGUGGGAAGGUGAUAGGGGAGGUGGCGGACAAAAAUUUCUUCAAUUCUACAGGUUUCAAUGGCGAAGGAUAGAAAGACAAAUAAUCCGAGCACUUCUACUUUAAUAAACGCCAAGAACCGCCCUAUAAUAUUAUUGGUCAAUCGUCGAUCGAUUCUGGUACAAACAUCCCACAGGUUACCAUAUAUGUAUAUAAAAAACAUUAUGUUUAGAGAUAAUGUUUGUCUUGUUGGUGUCAAAGAUCGAUUGAGUACCCGUUUUGUCAUAAUAUUGGGAUGAGGGUCGGAGGGGUGCGGGGUGGGGAGGGGUAUGGGGGUGUAGACCUCAGUAUAUACUGAGAAAAGAAGAUCAUUAGUUGUUUAGGUUAACAUUGAUUAUAGUUCCACUAGUGUACAAUUUGCGUUAUAAUUUUAAAUUAUUUGGAUAAAGUCGAUAUACAUAGGACUGUAUAAGACUCCAAAUAAAACAUUGUCUUGUCUUGUCUGGUCUUGUCUACUGAAAUCAGCUCACAGUUCCUUAAAAUCUUUUCAUGCAGUUACUGAGCCCAAGUACAGCAGCAACUUGAUUCCCUCGUCAAAAGCCCUCAGUUUACCCAAGAAAGGAAGAAAUGUUGGUUUUUCUGGUGAAUUUGUUGAUGAGGAAGCGAAAGAACUUGGCAAAGAUCGUAACAAUGAUAAGACUCUGCUGGCAGGCCUUCGCCCGAUACUCAGUGAGCUAAACGGCUAUGACUCAUCCCUAGGUCAGUGCAUGUGCUCCUGGUCAGUGUCCCGUGAUGGCAGUAUGUCAAUUACACAAUUUUGGAUGUUUUGCAGGGUGCCUUGUUACGAGAUGUUUAAACUGUCUGUAUGAAACAACGUUUCAGCUAAUUAUUUAUUGUUUGUAACGUAAUAAAAAAUUCAAAAAAUAAACCCUGCAGUCAUUCAUUCGAACUGGGUUUAUAUACGGUAAGUGGAAACCCAUGGAACUACAAAAAGGUGUGUACUUAAAGAGUCACGCCAAAAAAGAGGAUGAAAAUAAUUAAAAUAGAGUACGACAUAGAGUUAUAUCUUCUGUCUUGGACCAUGAUGAGCUUCUCGCUCGAGGACGAAGCACCCAUUAGGGGAUAUUAGACUGCAUUUGACACGGAAAGGGAAUAAAUAGUUCUAGUCGCCCAUUCAAAUAAAAAUAUACUAAUGGCUUAACCGAAUAGUGUGACUGCAUACUUGAUACAGUUCGUAUUUCGUGGCUCUAUAACUUGAUUUUGUUUUUCCUGUAUUUCUUGUGGUUGAUUCUAAUCAACACAACUAAAACUAAAAAAAUCUCGAAAUAUUAAGAUAUUAUACUUUCACCGACAAUAGCUACCUAUGAAUAUGAAAUUUAAAGAGAAAAAAAAAAUAUGAUCCCUAAUAUCUUAAACUUCCGUUACAGACUGGUCACCUCUUUUGCAAGACAAAGAAGUGUCUCAAGACUAUCCUCCUACAACCCAAAAUGCUAGUCCCUCCCCGACAAUUCCACAAAAUUACUGGAAAAUAGAGAGAGAGAAACAAAAUGUAACAGGUUGGCAAGAUGGAAGUCAACUUCAAGACAGUAACAUUAAAGAUGUUGCAAAUAAUGCGCCAGCAAACAGUGUGUCAAACGGACAAGGUGAAGCAAAUUCCACACCAAAUGCCAGCACCACUGUUACGCCAAAUAAACAAGGGAGUAAAGUUAAUCCUGCAUCACAAGCAGCAAUUACAGCAGGCAGUCAAGGACAAAAUCAGGCGAAUGGUCAAGGGGGUUUAGGCUUAAUUGGAAACGGUGUCUCUUCUUCUAGUAAUGGAGUAAACCAAGGAAAUGGCAUUGGUUCAAACGCCUCUCCAGGCAAUCCAGGUUCAAGCAGGCAAGGAUCCGGACCUCCCAUUGCAGUCAUUCCAGCCAAUGGUGGCGGCAGUCCAAAUAGUGGUGGUGCCAAUACUGCGAACACGGGUUUAUCUGGAGGUAUUCCAGGACAAACCGGUAACGCUCCAGCAAGUUCAGGACAACCUGGAGGUAAUCAAACUUCAAUUGAUUUAUCCAGUAAUUUCUUUAAGAUGAGGAAAAGGAAAGCAUAAGCUUUUAUUUUUUUUGUUUUAGCAGGUAAAUUUUCAUAAUAUUUUGUGGAGAAAUCUUCCUGACAGCCCUUUAAGUAAGCUAAUUAAUUGAGUUGAGUUAUGCCAGCAUGUUCUCCCUCUGUUCCCCCAGCCUUGGCUAACUCGUACAACGUCGACACGUUCAACACAUUGAAAUCAGUCUCCUCCAAGUAGUGCUUCCCAAUUCGCUGUGGGUUGUAUUUUAAAAACAUUAUCGCUAUAUGCUGUUCCUGGAGUUGAAACAAUCGUUUAAUAUUCAUGAUACUUUAAGCUCUGUUACUGAUUGAAGUAAGUAAGAAGUAAAUAAAUCUUUAUUUAAACACGGGAAAUCAUCAGUUAAGCUUAAGUUAAAAACUAAAACUAAUUACAACUGCUUUACAGGAUUGCCGUGUGGGAAUCCGAUAUAUCAGCUACCUUCUUGAUAUUUCGCUUAAGAUGCUCAACGGAUGCAGCAUUUUUAAAGUUUUUGGGCAAGUUAUUCCAUAACAUGGCCCCGCUGUAAGAGAAGCUUCGUUUCAAAUAAUUAGUGCUUGGUUUGGACAGAGUCAGCCUUCCCUCAGAGUUUCUUAAGUUGUAAGCAGAGUGACGCUGAGAGAAAAGACUUUGUAGAUAUUCAGGAGCAAGGUCAUUCAUGGUUUUAUGCAUCAUUAAGGCUUUUUGUUUCUUUCGUCGAAGAGAUAGCCUCUCCCAGCUUAGGGUGGAGAGAAGGUGGUUUCAGCUCGUAUCAAAGGGUGAUUUAGUGAUAACUCUGGCUGCGUGAUUCUGUAAUUUUUGGAGCUUAUCACUCAAGUAACUACUCAAACGGUCCCCAACGGGGCUGCAGUAAUCACAAUGAGGCAUAAUUAAAGCGUUAUAAAUUUGAAUUGCAGUUUCUUUGGAUAUAAAGGGCCGCACACGUUUUAGCGCGCCUAUAGCUGAAGAGAAUUUCUUGCAAAUCUCUUCAACGUGUUUACCCCAAGAGAGUUGAGCAUCUAUGGUAAGACCCAAGGAUUUGGUAUGAUCGACGCUCUUGAUAAUUGGGUCAUCAAUUCUGAUUUCUACAUCGUCACAUUGGGCAGAUAGUCUUUGUCUUUAUCCAAUAAUCAUUAGCUCUGUUUUAGCAACAUUUAGACUGAGCUUGUUAGUUUUCAGCCAGCAGCUAAGGUUAUUCAAUUCAGGAGUUAGCUUAGGCUCUGUUAACGUCUUAGCAGAUAACGAAAGGUUGGUGUCAUCGGCAAACAUUCUUGGUACGGCGCCCCGCAGGGAGUUGGGAAGAUCAUUAAUGUAAAUUAAAAAUAGCAAAGGACCCAAUAUGCUACCCUGCGGCACGCCGCAACUGAGGGUACGAGCAGAUGAUAGUUUGCCACUGACAUUACAUCUUUGGGUUCGGCCACUUAAGUACGACGAGAACUGUACAGCCCCCGAAAUGAUACCGACCCCGAAAUGAUCCCCAUUUCUCGUCACGUCGACCCCGAAAUGAUCGCCAUUUAAUUUCAGGAAUGGAAUCGAAUACCAUAGAACUAUGGAUCGUGCAAAAAGCACAACAUUAUAACUUAAGCUUCACUAAUAAUCUUCACUUACCCACAUGACAUGAAUUUGGGAUUACACUUUGAACUGGAUUAAACGCCGGAAAAUAUUAUUAUCAAAAAAAUACACAAAGUCUAGUAUAUUUUUAGGAACCCAAUGAACCAGGAGCCGAUUCUGCGUGAACUGCAACUGAUAAUAUCAACAAACAUAACAUUUUUUUAAAUUAUUACUUAGGUGAUUAAAUGAUGUUAAAACUGCAUGCCUUGGAUAUUGAAUUUUAAGAAUGGUGUUUUAACACUUUUUAAAAUCUUAAAAUGAUGUUGAAGAUGCAAAAGUAUACAUAAUGGCGAUUAGAUGACAAAAGCGCUAAAAAAUCACGUAACUGUAGCGAAAUGUUUAAUUAAGGUAAAAAAAAAAAACACUGCAAAUACCGUGUACGAUCAAUCUUGCUCAACGUCGGAUCCAAAAAGAUCGUGAUCAGUCAAAAUAGAUCAAAUUGAAAACGUUAUAGUCAAGCAGACUUUAGCAGGUUUCAGUCUAAGUCUUGGGUUUGUUUGUAAGUGCGUCAGUGCGAAGAAUGUCGGAAGCUCGUUGUAUUUGGAUCUUUAGAAAGGUUUUGUCGUAGACGCGAUUACACUUUUCAUUCUACAGGUUAGACCCACCACAUCAAAUCUCAUAUCGCUUGUGAAACUUUUAAUGUUAUCUAUUUGAUUCAAUGUCGCCUGUGUAAUCUACAAUAUAUUGGAGAAACUAAACGUCGUCUCAAAGACCAUUUUAAUGAACACAGACGACCUAUACUCAACCCUACUGGUAAUCACUUCCAUACUGCAGUUUCAGAACACUUUCUAACCAGUAAUCAUUCCGACAAUCAUAUGCUUCUGAUUCCUAUUGAAAAACUUAAAAAUGGGCGUGAUUCUUUCAGGAAAGCACGUGAAGCCCACCUUAUCCAUAAAGCUAAGUCAGUUGAGCCUCUGGGCAUCAAUAAACGUGAUGAACUGUAAUUAUAUAUAGUUUUGUUAUCUUGUCUUUUAAAGUAGCCACCAUACCACGUCAUAUUAUGUAAUUUCCGGUCGUAAUUUUACUUCAUAUAUAUUUCUGUGAAUUCGUGAUAUCUCAAUGAACCUGAUGAAAACUGGUAUUGGCCAGUCGAAAUAUCACAACUAAACUCUAUUUCACUUUGUUUGAUCAGUCGCUGCUAAAGUCUUCUUGACUCAGACUCGUACCCAGUCGCUAUUUAAGUGUUUUUAGGGAUGAGAGACGCUUGGGGAUUAGGUUGAGGCGCGUGCAGGUCUCAUGGGAAGGGAAGAAGGAAAAAUACUGUUCUUGACUGUAACGUUUUCAAUUUGUAAGGAAAUUUUAAACGCGAUUUAAGAACGUAAACGCUGCAACAGAUUUGUAAUAAUUCCGUGACGGAAUACAAGAUCCAUUCCAAGAAUUAACUGGGGAUCAUUUCGGGGACUGUACAACAACCAUUUUAUGGCUGCCUGAUCGACACCCAAGUAUGACAUCUUACGCAAGAUGAUCUCAUGAUCAAUGGUGUCGAAUGCCUUAGUAAGGUCACUAAGGAGAACGCCAUUUAGAAGGCCAUUGUCGAUGUUCACUGACCAAGCAUUUGUUGCCUCAAGCGAAGCCGUGAGCGUACUAUGUAGAGAACGGAACCCUGAUUGGCAGCCUAGUAGCAAUUUAUUAUCAUCUAGAUAACGGAAAAGUUGAUUAUAAACAAUUCUUUCAAAAACUUUCGAAAUUAUAGGGAUUACAGAUAUCGGCCUGUAGUUGUUAGGGUCCGAUUUAAUGCACUUUUUAAAAAGUGGAGUCACUUUAGCCAUUUUCCAAUCGGUUGGAUAUAUCCCAGUGAGAAUAGACUUUGAGAAUAUUGAGGUAAGAGAGGGUGCGACGAUAUUAGCAGCCAUCUUCAACAAUUUACUCGGGAUCAUAUCAAGACCGGUGGCUUUCUUUUCAUCAAUUUUCGACAAAACGUUAGAAACAAUAUCAACACUCGGAAUUUACAGAGAAAACGAAUGAUCAGUGGGCUCUAAAUAAGAUUCGGGAUUAGAAUCGACAACAGGAAUAUCUUGUGCUAAUACUUGCGCAACGUUUGUAAAGUGAUCUUUAAUAGUUUCCGCAAUGUCCAUAGGGUUAUUUGCUAUUUUAUUAUCUACCUUGAUCUCCAAAAUAUUCGUUGACUUACCACUGUUACGUGAAGUUAGCUCGUUGAUAACAUUCCAUGUUUUGCGCAAAUUACCUUCGUUGGCUUCCAGGUUGUAAGAAACAUAGAGUUUUUUUGCGAGUUUAAUUGAAUAUUAGAUAUAGAUUUUUAUGGAAAAUUCAAUAGAUUUUAUUUACUUAUGAAGUCAUGUAUGUAAACAAUUCUAUUGUUUCCCGAGGGUGCACUUGAAUUUCAGCCUCAUUCUGCUGCGUGGCCCUAGUCUUUUUUUGCGUUUAAUUAUUGUAACUGCCCUUGUUUGAUUCGUAAAGGUUUGUAAAGAAAAAAAUGGAUGAGCAAUUAGUUUUAAGCUAUGAAAUGUUUGCUAUGGCUCUAUGUAGAGUCAGAUUGGAGUUGGGCACCACGAUCUAAAAUACAGACGACUUGCCUCGAUCGACAAGAUGUUAAUGUCCCCCUUAUAUUUUGUUAUCUAUUCUUUAAACAAUGGCUAGUAAACAUCUGUAAUGGCCGCAAAAAAUGUAUGAAUUACUGGUUGAGUUCGCCCACUCUAUAUACAAUUUCAGGGCCUGUGCAAGUCAUUCAAACACAGCUGUUGCCUAUCCCAGUUCUUCCUGUUCAGACUCUUCGCAUUCAAACUCUUUCUCCAGUGCUGUCCCCACAAGGGCAAUUUCCGUCUAUCACGCCAAACCACCAGCAACAACUGCAACCAACAAACCAGACCAAAGUUCCACAAGUGAAUGAGAGGGAAAGCACGCAAAAUUCAAAUCAACCGGUUUCUGGGAAAAGUGAGCAAAAUCCAGAUCCAUCCGUUUCUGUUAGUGGCCCAAAGAACAACAAAGGAAACAAAGGUCCGGAAGAGGCAACGUUUCAAACUCGAACAAAACCACCCAAUGGUCAACCUACAGUGUCAAGUUCUGUCAAUAAAGUAACUCAACGUUCUACUGCAAGCCAGCAACAUACUACUACAUCUACAUCUCAAGCAAAUCCAACAGAAGAUAACAACAGUUCCAGUGGAUCAAAUUCUACCAAAGCACCAAAUUCUAAUAAGAUUAUGUUACCUACUAAAUCAACACCAGUUCCUCAAAGAGGUAAAACUGCGACAGCCACAUCAACCAUUUCAUCCAUUGUGAAUUUGAACAAACCGAACGGAACUCAAACAAGUGGAAAGGCGAACGCCGCUUUAUCGACUUUUAAACCGAAAGUUUCAGCUGCAGGAAAACCAUAUCAAAAACCACAGGUGGUUUUAUGCCAGAUAAUUUGUGGAAGCGACUGUUGUCCGAUAGAAGUUAAAGCUCCAACCGCAAAGCCAACCGCGACAAAUCCGACAACGAAACCCACAACACUUCCACCGACAAGUGCUAAAGGCGAAGCAAAACAGAAGCCGACAACGCCCCAGGAAGUCAUUGCUGCACCACCCGUACCAAUGAGACAGCAUAACUGGCCAGGAUGGUUUCCUCAGUUGGCUCAUCCAAUGCCUGGUAAUCCAGUGUCGGCACCUAUUACCCCUCCGUUUAUGUACAUGACACUUCCGCCAGCCACGGCCUCGUCUGUCUUAGACAAAGAAAGGUUUCGUCAGGUGGAACACCAAAUGCAUACAGCCCAAGUACCGGCAGUUCCUCCUUUAACUAUUCCCUCUGCUGUAAGUCCGCAAGAGGACAAGGAUGACCCAAUACUGAUUGGUAGGGUAGCAGUUUUUACUUAGAUUUUUAUCUAGUUUAUUUUUCUUUUAAAUAUUCCAGGAAAAUGUACAUGUAAGGUGUGGGUGAUUUCUUUUUUAAUAUGGAAAGGACUAAGUGGGAUCUUUCUGCAUUUUUCUUCACGAAGCUAGGCGAAAAAAAAAAAAAAACUGGAGACAAGAUCAGUGAUCGACAUCAAUCUCAACCAACACGUACUAUACAUGUGCAUAACUAUAGCGUUACCUCUGAAAUACCUAUCCAAGUAACAAUUGCAUGGAGAUGAAUGCUUCAUGUACCAGUAACUACGGAAGAUUUAUUUGCAAAACUACAGGACUAUGAUUAUUAUUCCAGGUCAGUGCCAGGAUUAUCACCCUGACUGUUCUUCAUUCGUCAUGUCCGGAAUGUGUGAUGACAAAAGUAUUUUCAAAGAAGCAUUUAGUGUUCGCGAUUUUUGCAUGCUGUCCUGUGGUUUAUGCAACAGGUAUGGAACAUGCGUUCUUUGUUCUUCUUAACCUAGCUCGUCUGGGCGGCUCUAAUUUUGCGCUUGCAAUGUCAUUUUCGCUCAUAAAUUAGAUAAUUUCUUGGAUUGAUGAAAUGUUGUACAAUCGAUUUGGUAGACUUCUCUGGAUCAAAGAACUAAACUUACAUUGCUGAUCCUAGCAUUACGUGGUUCACAUCAUCCGUGUUCUAAAUAUAUGGCCUCGUAAUCCAGAGCUAUUCCCUAGCUCUUAAGACUACUUCCGAUGUCUAACAGGUCAUAUUCGAAUACUGGCGAAUACUUAUUUGUGCUGCACGUUUUCCAAAUGACGAUUAUUAAAUCUUUCCACUUUAUCGUGAGAGUUUGAAUCGUCCUUCUUCUUCCUGUUCUUUGUCUAUUUUUUAUUUUUAUUUUUUACAUUUGUUCUCUCUUCUUCCUCUUUAGAUAUAUCAAACAGGGUGAGAUGGUUAGCCUGGAUGUUCGUGACAAAGGAAGAGACCCUGAGGAAAUCGGCUUCCCAGAGUACAGCAAAAAGUUUCUUUAA